UGUAAAAAAAAAAAUAUGAAUGUAGUAUAGUUAUCUGUGGUAGAAAAGAUUAAGAAAGAGCCUUUUCAAGAACUUCGCUGUUUUUUUUAAACACGCGGUGUCUUUGUUGUAAGAAAAAGUCAUCGGUUUUAUAAUAAAUAAAAUAUAUUUAUAAAGUCCAUAACAUGAUUAUGGAACUGCCUGAUGAAACUGAGCAGAACGAUAGCGGAAUGGAGUCUUUGACAGCAAGCAAAGAUGAUACACCAGAACGUAGACCUGAAGAUAUUUUUAUUACUCCAGUGGUGGUUGGAACGUCACCUAGCACUGAAAAUCAACCAUCCUUAACGCUCAAAGAAUAUGACGAUGAACCAGAUGAAACUUUAUCUGAAAGAUUAUGGGGUUUGACUGAGAUGUUCCCAGUAUGUGUUCGCAAUGGUACCUACACAAUUACUACAAAAACAUGGAGCGGAGUUAAGAGUCUUUACCAAUUAUCACGAUCUGUGAUGUGGAUAGUGGCAAGUUCAUCAGUUAUUCUCUUUGCACCAGUCAUAUUUGAGGUGGAAAGGGCACAAGUUGAGGAAAUGCAAAAAUCACAACAGAAACAAGUAUUGCUGGGAACAAAUACCGCUAUGUCAGGACCUGCCCCUGGCAUGCCUCCAAUGCCACGAUAAAUAAUAAAAUACCAAAUAAAGUAUAAUAGUUGUUGUAUAAUCUUAAUUAACAUGUUUAAGGUAUUUUCUUCAAAUGUCAACCGGAAUGCUUAAAUAUUUAGACUAGGUAAAAAUAGAUUCUCAAACUAUCUCCCUUGGCAUCUUAUAAUGAACUUUUGCAUCUAUACGCAUUUCCGAUUCUUAGGUUUAUUAGAGAUAAUUAUAUUACGUGUCCAUAUAUAUGUUAUAGAACAAAAUUGAAAAAUCAAAUUAUUUUACUACACUAAGAUUUGAUUUGUAUAGUUGGCAAUUGGUAUAGUAUACAUAUUAUUUUGAGAAUGUAGAUAUUUUUGUUAAACAUCUAAUAGGAAAAAUAAAUGUUAAAAUAUAA